AUGUCGCCUUUAAUUGUGUUGACACUUUUAUUUUCGGCAACACUAUGCAGUGCUCAGUUCUUUUAUGCUCAACCGGCUAGAUUGGCCCAAUAUCACACUCUAUCAACCGGUACACAACAGUAUGCUCACCCGUCUGUAGUGGACAAUGCAUAUCGCGAAGCUCAAUUGCCUCCGGAACUGAAGAAGAGCGACCGUUUCUACAAUAACCCACACAUUGCUGCCGCACUGGCCAAAGAGUCUUGGUUUACAGACAAAGAGAUGCCGGUGGUCAAUCGUGAAGCAGAGAAAAUUCCCCGAGAAAUGGUUUUCAAGAUAUUCAAAAAUGCUGGCUGGAUUAUGCGUAGAUAG